UGAUCUUUAUUCAAUUUUUUUUUUUACGCCCACAUAAUAUGACUAGUUAUGUCGUUUUUAGGCCAUAAAAAGUUGUGACUCAUUCUGUCCACCCGCUCCGUUCUCGCAAGUACGGACAUAUUAACAAAGUAUAUUUGACUAGAAUAUCAAUGAGUAAUAUAUUCGACAACGUUUGGAAUAUCUCACUGAAUGAAUCGAUAUCGAGUUAGGGAAAAUGUGAAAAACGCUUGAAUAUCACGAAUUUUGUAUUAACAAUAAAUUAGUGAUAUUGACCGAGUGGUAAAAUGAGCUACGAACCGAGGCAAAAUGUUAUUUUCUUUGUCUGAAUUUGUGUUUUGGAAUAAUAGUACUAAUAUCAUAAAAGCAUGAAAAUUUUGGAGAACAAAACAAACCCUGAUAUACUCAUGUUAGUUAACUUACGGUUCAUAAGUUACUAUACAGUGUUAGCAGUUAUAUGACCAACGAACACGAACGAAAAAUGUAGGUAAAGAGAUGUUGAGACUCCUGACGAAAUGUACGGAGAACUCGCUGGUGAAUGGUGCGCGUGCGAGGUAGGGAAAUGGCUCGAGUGAAAGUGGAUCAAUACCGACGAGUGAGGCUGGUGAAGCAGCCUCGAGGAAUUAAGUUGGCCAGAGUCGAGCGGUUCCCUGACGACGCCUUAAGCAUUAGAAUGCUAUUGCUCCCUAUUUUUAUCAAACAAAUUUAUUAGAAUUAGAUUUUAUCGGACAAAGUUUGUCGAAGGUGCUCUUAUACACAUAAAACACUCGGAUGAACAGUCAGGAGUACAUUCGACUCGGGUGAAACGAGGUGCAGUGUCAUUGGAUGGCGUGGUCUGCUAGAGGAGCGAUCGAGCACCGAUCUAAGAUCGUGUGUGGAUCCGUCAACGAGUGCCUAAAGACAGAAUAUAAUAAUAAACACGUGAGAAGCGCACAAACUCUCCGUAUUCAUAAAAAUAUGAGUUGGAAACCAAACAUAACGUUCCUGCGCUUUGCUCGCUGGACGAUCCUCGUGCCACUUGUUAUUUACGUCUCACUUAUGUUGCUCGUUAAGUACAACAAAAACAUGCUACUCAAGAGUCCGGAAUUGGCGAACGAGCUGGACAAUGAUCCUGGUCUUGAGGCACUUUUUGCUGAGCUCGAAACCCCUACGGAACCGAAAAAAAUGAAGACUGACGACGUUUCAAAUUCAGGGAGCCCGUUGAGCAAAAACGCACCAAAGAUCUCAGGCAAAGUCGGAAACGACUAUGCAUCAGCGAUUUGGGAAGUCGAGAAGUUGGAAAAUCACGACGAAUCGCUUCUCAUUGACGUCUUUCGUCGUGCCGAUCUCGAUGAAAGUCAACAACUAGACAUCCAGGAAUUGGCCAGAUGGAUUCAUGGCAAAAUUACCGAACACAUUGAACGAGCCAUGCGACAAAAUAUCGGCCUAUUCACGGUCAUUGAUAAUAAUCCACGUAACGGAGAAAUAUCGUGGGAAGAGUAUCACGCACAUUUUCUCAGAUCUCACGGUCUUUCCGAAAGUUAUAUCGUUUCUCAUAAGAAAAAACACAGUGAAUUGUCGAGGUCGAUGAAAGAAAGUAUACAGAGAGAUCGAGCGAGAUGGGCUGAAGCAGCAAGGACCGAUCCCGAUCGAUUAGCUCUCGAUGAAUUUCUCGCCUUCACUCAUCCCGAAAGUAGUCACAGAGCUUUGCUUCAAAUGGUCGACGAUCUUUUCGAUAAAUUUGAUCGCGAUGGUGACGAACAAUUGACGGAAGACGAAUUUGCCGAUUUGCCAGCCGACGGUAUCGGUCUCGAGUUAGUGGAUCAGGAUAAAGAUAAACGAAGAAAAAUCGGGGGGAGUGACGAUCGUCGGAAAGAAUUUCGAUUUCUCAUCGACAAGAAUAAAAAUGGAAAAGCCGAUCGUACGGAGCUACUGAUGUACAUCGAUCCGAGAAAUCCGAGACACGCCAUUCAGGAAGCUCAACAUUUGAUCGACCUCUCGGAUACGGAUCACAAUAGAAAAUUAAGUUUGUCCGAAAUUCUCAGCAAAGCGGAUCUCUUUCUCGGAAGCAAGAUGGUGGACACGGAGAGAAGUUUUCAUGAUGAGUUCCGAUAAGACUCGACAGCACAAAAAGUUUACGUUUCAAUUCAGUCGAAUCACAUCUUUGAUAAUUGUAAAUAUACACAGUGGAUUCUAUACCGAUUCUAUGCGAGGCUGACCCUGCACCUCUUUUUCGAAUUUCACAUACGAGCAACGAGAUUCUCGUGAUUUUCGUCAGAUUUGUCGAUUAGAGUCAAAACUGUUUUGGUUCAUGAGGUGCACUAAAAAAAAUGUUUUCAAAAACCGAAAUAACAACUUUGAGCGAACAAUAGUGAACAAAAUCGUUAAGGUGGAGGAUCAGAUCGAGCAGUUUGAAUCAAUGUGGAACAUCCUAUAUCCUACAUAUUAGGGUGGUUCAAAAAAAUCGACUAUUUUUAUUUCUUCAAAGCCCGGGUUUCAAUUAUUGCAGUGAGGUGAAAAAAGAUGCCUGACAAAAUUUGAGCCCUUAAAAAAAAUUUUUAGAGGUCGCUCAUCACGAUUUUCUAUUGUCCAUUUAAAUAACACAAGGAAGAUGUUACUAGCUGCUUUUGAAUUUUAUUCCUCGGCAACGGGUGAGUGUACGACAACGCCCAAGGUGGUUUUUUGUAGGGAUUUGAACGCUCUAUAAAAAAAGUCUCUUGGCGUUUUACGCUAAAUCUACUCCUACGAAAGUUAUUCAACGUCAAAAUUGGCUUUGAAGAAAAUUUCGACAUUUUUUCACUUUUCCGGCGAAACUAUCGACCCUGUCACAAAACGCUGUGGAAACUUUUUCGGAAAUCAUGUGAUUUAGUAUAAUAUCGUGUUCUUAGUUUAUUAAAAAAUUGAAUAAUUUAUAAUAAUACUACAUUACGAGGUUAUUGUUAGAGGAAACUACAAUUUCCGUCGAGUGAAUCGUUAUAUUAACAAAAAAAGUUCCAAGUUUCAUUGUGUCAUUAGAUAAUGCCUCAGAAAGAAAUUGUUGGUGGAAAUUCCAAAAUGCAUCGCAUUUCUCCACCUUCCAUUUAUAAUUUCUUUUGGGGCAUUAAUUUUUUUUUUCCUGAGGAACGCAAUAUAAAUUCAGAUUUAAUGUUAUUUGAAUUAAGUAUAAAUUGAAACGUCUAAUAUAAUUGAGUGGAAAUGAUGUUUGGAAUAAUGGAUAGCUCUACAGUAAGGGUAACAUCCUAUGAUACCGGCAGAACGGAAAAGGAGGUUACCCUUACUGUAGGGCUAUGAUCCAUUAUUCCAAACAUCAUUUCCACUCAAUUUUUGCAACUCAAUUGCAUUAGACGUUUCAAUUUAUACUUAAUUCGAAUAACUUUGAAUCUGUAUUUAUAUUGCAUUCCCAAAAAAAAAAAAUUAAUGCCCCAAAAGAAAUUAUAAAUGGAAGGUGGAAAAAUCCGAUGCAUUUUGGAAUUUUCAUCAACAAUAAGCAUUACCUAUAAUGACUCAAUGAAACUUGGAACUUUUUUUGUUAAUAUAACGAUUCACUCGACGGAAAUUGCAGUUUUUCUCUAAGAAUAACCUCGUAAUGUAGUAUUAUUAUAAAUUAUUCAAUUUUAUAAUAAUCUAAGAUCACGAUAUUAUACUAAAUCACAUGAUUUCCGAAAAAGUUUCCACAGCGUUUUGUGACAGGGUCGAUAGUUUCGCCGGAAAAGUGAAAAAAUGUCGAUUUUUUCUCCGAAGCCAAUUUUGACAUUGAAUAACUUUUGUAGGUGUAAGUUUAGCGUAAAAUGCUAAGAGACUUUUUUUUAUAGAGCGUUCAAAUCCCUACAAAAAACCACCUUGGGCGUUGUCGUACCCUCAUCCGUUGCCGAGGAACAAAAUUCAAAAGCAGUUAGUAACGUCUUCCCUGUGUUAUUUAAAUGGACAAUAGAAAAUCGCGAUGAGCGACCUCUAAAAAAUUUUUUUAAGGGCUCAAAUUUUGUCAGGCAUCUUUUUUCACCUCACUGCAAUAAUUGAAACUCGGGCUUUGAAGAAAUAAAAAUAGUCGAUUUUUUUGAACCACCCUACUACAUAUAUAUCUCUAUCUACAUGUAGGACAAAUACUUAUUUGACAAUGGCAAAAACUCGAUCAAGGAGACAUUUUGUUCUCCAACAACCAGCAUCUUUAUACACUGUACUCUUAUGUAUUAUGGAGGAACCGUCCGUUCGUGAUAACUUAGAAAAAAUCUGUGAUAGUUUAUCUUUAAGGAGUUUUUCAAUAAAUCAAUAACAGAUGAUGUCAUCGAAAGGGAAAA